AGGCCCAUAUUUUAAAGAAAGAGCGUUCUGCAGUUCUAUGCCAUUAAAUUAAAAAUAUUCACUGUAUUAAUGUAUACUUAUCUUAUUUGGUUUUUAAUGGAAUAUCUGUAUGUAUAUUAUGUAACUUAUCUUUUGAAUGCAUCGCAACUCCGCGAGUGCCACUGAUACAAAAGCGCCAAUGUUUUCAGAAUUAUCUGACGUCACUCUAUAAUCCGCUAAGAUUUGUCUCUUUGAGGAUUAUCCCUCUUCUAUCACAUGUCUACGAGCCUAUGUCCUCAUUGUUUAUCAGCUAACACGGCAACCUGAAUCAAUAGAACUGAAUAACACUCCCACAUCAGUCACCUUCUUUACCAAACUGGUUGGAGUUUACUUGCAUAUGUCAGACGAUUUGGCUUUUGUUGGUAUAUUAUAGACAGCUUUAAAACGUAAUUACUGGAUUGUUCCAGAUUCUCAACCCGUCUUACAAAAUGGUGCAGUUUGGACUAAAUGAAUAAAGCUGUUUCUAUGCUAAACGUGAAAAGAACUCAUAAAAUGAAGGGUGACUACCGAGCAAUGGUUCAAAACAUGAACCGUCGUCUGGUAAUGCCUAAUCGAGGGAAGGGCAUGGUUAUGAAACUAGAUGCGGAGCGAGAGGCUCGACAUCUUGAUUAUGCUCGGCGGAUUACUGAAGCAAGCAUCAGCAGAGAAGAAAAAGAGUUGCGUCGAAAGGUGGAAUGUCUGCAAGACUUGAUGGAAUCAAAUAAAAUGCGAAGAGGAACAAUCCACAAUGCAGAAACACUAGGAGGAGAAAAUGUGGGAAAAAACAAAAAGCAACCAAAUCGAAAAGGACAAGAUGAACUCUUUAGAACUGAUGCUGUGAAUGCUAUUCAAAAGGGGAAGUAUCAUAAGAGAAGGAAUGUUGAUAAUUUAAGUUUACUUAAGAAGUCAAUGGGAGAAAUAGAAGCAGCUAACAUUAAACGUAAAAUUGAAGAAAAAAACAAGUUACUCAAAGUCAUGUACGACGAGGCUAAAAGCAGAGGUAACACCCCGCAAAUGGAAACAAAUCAGGAAUCUUGUGAAGCUCCAAAAACAAACGCAUUUACAUUACCUGAGGUACAACCAACACUCAACAUUAGUAAUAAGGAUAAAAGUAAUAAUGUGUUCCGGCUUCAGAGAAAAAUAUCUUUGAGCAAUUUGAUAGCUAGUGGAGAGAUCAACAGCACAUUGCAGAGAUUCAAUAAACAUAGAAGUAUUAUUGGAAAUUCUGAUGCCGGCAAACCAAUCAUAACCCAAUCAUUGCUAGUGAGUGCAAAAGAGUCAGACUGCCAUGGUAGAACGCCUAGGCGUCAAUCCAAUGUCCUUGUGAAUAAAAGGUCUCGUAACAACAUCAAACUACCUCCUCAGCUAGUCCCAACAAAAUAUCAAAAAGAACUCCUUAAAUACAAUCCGUUUCUAAGGAGUAAUUUUGCGCCAGUCGUCUCGAGAUCUAGGGCUCUCCUGGACUCAAAGAAACCAGAUGAAAUGUAUGCAUGGCUUGGAUUUGCGUCUCAGGACCAGUUUGAACAAAAUAAACUAGAAGAACUAAAAGGAAGCAAGAAAAUGACAAUGAAAGAGGAUCUUAAACGGUUGCCAGCGUUAGGUACAUUGAGUGAAGUUGAUAAUAAAAGCGAAACAAACAAUAAUGUAGCUGCUGUUGCUGCCAAAAGUGUUACAAAAUUGCACGAUGCCGAUGAUGAAACAGAGUGUAAAAAUACCACAGACGACGCGAAAAAUAAUGAAGCACCCACCCGGACCAGAACCCCACCUACGGUGACAGAAAUUAACAGUGUGGAGCUAGAUUUAAAGAAGAUAAAUAUAAAUGAUGCUCGCGUGCCAGAAAACAUUGAGGAAAAUGAAAUCCCGAUUGAAAUAAAUGUACUGAAAACAACAGAAAGAUUAACCUUACAAAGGACGGAAUCUAAUCUGAACCGACAAUCAUUUAAGUUAGGGGCUCCAAAGACAUUGAUUAUUAGACCGACGGCCCGACAACGAAAACCUUUGCUAAAGUUUACAGCAGCAGUUAGAGCAGUUCUCAUUGUUCGACAAUUUCAAAUGAAUUAAAUAAUUUGUUCACAUGUUUCUUUAAAGUAAUCUCAUGGAUUACUAUGUAAUUUUGAUAGAAAAUCAGACUUUGUACCAGUAUUCACUCCGAAGGGUUUGACAGAACCUGUCCCCGCCCAUUUGUGCUCCCACAGGAGAGAGAUAUUCCUCCUCCCCGUCGGAGACAUCGGCUUUCCGUCCGGCAAAUCCUGGCGCCACCAUAAACCGAGCUAAUAAUCUAUACUCAAUAUCUAAAAUGUUCACUUUGUAUAUUUUCGUAAGUUACGUUAGCUUCCUAUGGACUUUGCGAAAACCAUAAAUCAAUAGACACAAUUCUAUUCCUGUACAUACCUCCUAUUGUCUUCAAUUUAAGUAUUUAACUGUUAAUAAACUAGCAAAAAACUGAAUAGUUUCAGUCUGUGUUUUAAGAAGAUAACCCUUUUAAUGAUCUCUUUAAAUACACGCUCAUAUACCGUAUCUUUCAUAGAGGAAUUCCUCCAUGCUCUUACGUGAAACAGCUGUAAUUGAAUUUAUUUGUAUGAAUCAUUGUUAAACAAUUAAAGGUGUAUGGAAGUCGAAAUACCACGCUAAUUUUGAAAAAGUAGAAAAGAAAUGAAAGAUAUCUGUUAAUAGUUUUGUCAAAGCGUACGAUAGGCGUUCAAGUCCAAGGUCAGUAUAGUAUUUGUAUGCACUGAUUAAAUAUAAUAAUUGUGGUCUAAAACCCUAAUCUACGAUUAAGAGUUUGUUUGUAUGAAAGGGUCAAAGAAUGCAUCUAUAACUUGGUACUUUAGGGUGAUAAGAUGUGACAGGUCAACACCAAAAACAGGACAAUUCAGGCUAAAUAAAAUUGAUUGAUAGUUUAA